UCGGUGACUUCAGCGAGUUCAGGUAAUUGCCGGUGCACUCCGCUCGCGAACAUCGACCGCGACGCACACACCUUUUGCGCACCAGUAAAUAAAAUUAAAAAUUUCAACUACGGUUACAUUCAAUACUUAAACACAUCCAUAUUAAGCAAUUGGCUUAAAAUUUGAAAUUUAUAGUCAACCAAGUUCUGAGAAAAAUCAUCAAGAUGCUUAAAUUAGAUUUGGACGUGGACAUGUUCACCAUUUACGCCAUUAUUGUGUUGUUCCUCAUAAUGAUGUUGUACAUCCUCGUGGACGUGAAUUAUUUCCUACGCGCCGGUGCAACUAUCCUUUAUGGUACUUAUUUUCAAUCGACGAUGCGCGUUGAUGAAGAGGUUGAAAUGCCAGGAUUCUGCACUACUCAAGACAUGGACUUCUUACUGAGUCAUAUGAACAAUGCACGUUACAUCCGCGAAGCAGAUUUUGGUCGCUUCCACUUCUUCGCAAGAACAAGAAUGUUGACAGAAAUUCGUAACACCAACGGACACAUCCUUCAAGGUGCACUUUCAAUGCGAUAUCGAAAACCAAUUCCGAUCUUUUCUUCCUACGUCUUAAAAACAAAGGUUUUAUUCUGGGAUGAUAAGAAUAUUUACUUUGAGCAACAAUUCUGUUCAUCGGAUGGUUUUGUGAAGGCGAUCAUGCUGAGUCAGAAUAAAAUCAUCAACAUCAACAUUCCUGAGAUUAUGAGCCGUCUUAAAAAGGAUGAAUCGUACAGACCGGAAGUUCCUGCUGAAUUGAAGUUAUGGAUUGAUAGCAUCGAGGCAUCUAGUAUGAGACUGCGAAAAAAGAGUAGACACUUUUAUUUUACUCUUUGAAUUUAUUUAAUAUAACUUAAUUUUUUUAAAGCGGAAUUGAAUUGUCAUAAGAACUGAAAGAUUUUAAUUAAGAAUUAAAGAGGUAUUUGAAGAA